GGCGAUCGACGCCCGUCCGGAUCGUGUCCGGCUUCGGCUCGGCUCGGCUCGGUCCAGCGCGACGCGCUCGUGUUUUAUCUGGAUCUCUCCGGCCGCGGCGAUCGGCGAGAUCGUAAAACGGCCCGGCCGACGGACUCGUUGUCAGUGGUAUUUCCAAUUGGCCGGUUGCGAUCUCUAGAAGGAAACCGGUUCGACGACCAGCCGUGGAUGUGUGUACUCCGGUCUCCCGCCUUGCGCGCUCAUCUCUCUCCCUCCUUCCUCCGCGUCCUCUUCCUACUCCGUGGCGUCCUGCACUCGCUCUCGUCUUAUCCCGUAUAGUCAAACUCGCGAGGCCACUUUCCGUGUCGACUAGUCUCGGGCUUUACUUUUCCAGUGAUACACGCGACGCGCCAGUAAUCCGUCGUGACUUGGCACGUGCGGUCAAAAUACCGCGGUAUCGAGGUAUCGAGGCUCGGCCGCGAUCGAACUUUGGAUGUUAACGCGCUGCGAGCCGGUGGCACCGUUCGCGUUUCUGAGGAACGCAAAAAGGGCAACAAAGGGCGAUUUACUCGCGACCGGUCGGUGCGCCUCGCUCCGGCGCGAUCACGAUGGACAUACCCGAGCGCGCGGACGAUCGAUGCGUAAGUGCUUCGCCGAAUCUAUAGAUCCGAGGAACGUAGAGAGAGGCUCCGGCGUGACUCGGGCGAAAGUUUCUUUUUUUUUUCUUCUUAAAUGGUUGGACAGCGCGAGGGAUCGCUCGGAGGCGCGGGAAUAUCUCGAUUCGGCAGUCAUGUAGAAGAAGGUCGACGUCGGAUCGAGGGCUUUCGCAUUGAUUUCCGGGAGGGGUCAACGGCGACUUGGAAUCGCCGGUUUUUUAGCCUCGAGCAAAGCGAGAAAUGAGAGCUUGACGGGGUUGGCAGACAUCCGCGAGAGACUCUCAGUGAGUUCUGCGAGCCGAGCGAGGACGAGGGACGAGAUGUCGUGAACGUUUCGCGAGGGAGACGCCGGGCCGCCUCUGGCGCGCGAGAAUUUUGGGAAUUUUUGCGAACGCCGGAAGAAAAGUUCCUUGUGUUUGGUUUCCGCAAGUUGGACCGGGACCUCCGGGGUCAGCCUGGCCGGAAAAUUGGCAGUGUUAGUUGGCGGGGAUUUUGCGGAGUGCAUCGUGGAAGACUGCGCAAGAUUCUACCUAUGAGUGAUGCUUCCGGACGUAGCUCUGGCGAAAGUUCGGCCGUUAGUUCCGCCCCGUUGAACGAUACCGAGGAAUCUUGUUCGCCGAGGGCCGAUUCCGCCGCGCGAUUACGCGAGGCGGAACGACGUGGUUGAGGGAGCCCGGGGAGAGAGCGGCCAGCCGCGCCAAAACGCCGCGGCCGCGUCUCUCGCGAUUCAUUUAUAAUAAUCGGAGCGAUCGUGCGUCGCACGAACGGUCGCGGCAGCGUAUCGUCAAUGGCGCACGUCCAAUCUCCGAUCGCUACAUUAGGUUACGGAUACCGCGCGAUAUCGCGGAUAUUGCCCGUUCGCGUCCCGGCGAUCUGGUUCAGCUCGCGAAUCGAUGGGAAGAAACGGGCGCUCUUGCUUCCGUGAGAUCGAGCCGCGGGCUCAAGGCCGGGUAAGCGCCGCACAAUCGGAUACACGGGUGGAAGAAAGGGAUCUAUAAAAAUCCACGAACGCUCUCGGAACAGACGGUUGAAACUAAUUUAAUAAAAUGAGUUUGGAGUACGAUCGUGCGCCAAGGCGUAUCCGCGCGCCCACGUAACACGACGCGCACACGGACCACCCCAGUGAAUGUGAAAAGUGUCGGUUCGGUUAUAUCGCGCUUGUUCGUAACUCCUCCCUCGUCGGGUUUCGUUUAUACAUAUAUAUCGCGCGCUCGCGCGCGCCCGCUCAUUCUCAUUCUCGAAAGCAGUGCGCGAAUACGUGUACAACGAGUGGUGGAUCGCGUGCCCCGCGAUCUCGUGCCCCGACGCUUGUCGUUACACGUCCGAUCGUAAGUGUAACGAAACUUGCUGUAUACGCGGUAUCGCGCCCUGUCACGGUACAGUAAAAUUCGUGCCGCUCUGGACCGGCGGCCCGCUGUUCUCACGGACGAGGAUCUGAUCCUCGAACAACGGACAGAAAGAGAGAGAGAGCGAGCGAGGGAGAGAGGAAAGGAAAGAGAGCCGACGACGGAGGCCGAGGGAGAUAUGUGCGGCGUGGGAUACUCGUUUUGGAUCGGACUCGACUAUCGGAAGUCCGUACGAAUCCGUCGGUACGGCUACAUUCGCACUUAGGCACCUGAAACGAUCCGUGGGGCGGAAGGGAGGGAAAGUGCGUGAGCGGUUCUAAUCAACGUCAAUUGAGUUAGAUUGGGGUCGAAGUGGUUCCGAAAGGGACGCCGAUAAAAGCCAUGGGCAUCAUGGACGCGUGGAAGGGCGGCCGGAUAAUCUAUGCUUAUCUCAUAUGGGUCGUCUUCAAGGCCGCCGUGGCGGGGGGACUUUAUGAUGCCAUGAAUUCGUUGAUGGAGGACGUCGUCGUGGAGGCGGGGAAGAACGUCACGCUGGGUUGUCCGGGGGUGACGGAGGAUUCGCUGGUGCUGAUGCUCGAGUGGCGGGCAAACGGGAUGCGGCUGCUCGAGUACAAGAGCAAGAGCACGACCGUCGUGCGGCGAACGGAACAGAACAGGAUGUCCCUGUCGUUGAAAAAUUAUUCGCUGCAGAUGCAUCCCGUCACCGCCUCCGACAGCGGUACGUACGAGUGUCUCGUGAACAACCGGAAUGCGCCGGAAGCCGUGAUCAAGCUCAUCGUGCGAGAUGUGCCCGAUCCACCGGAACGACCGCUUGUCAUAAGUUACACGUCCAAAGCCGUGAAUAUAUCGUGGGCACCCGGCGUUAAUUCCCACAACACUCCAAUUUCGCAGUACGUCAUCUACACCCGCAUCGACGAGGACGGCCCGUGGAACGCGACGAAGGAGAUCAUAACGCCACACAACGACACGUUCUACACCGUCGAGAAUCUAAGGCCGUUCACGGUGUACAGCUUCCGGGUGGCGGCGAUAAAUGCUUUAGGGCGCAGCAAGCCCAGCCAGGCGUCGUACUACAUGGUGACCCUCCGUGAAAUACCAGAAGGCAAACCGACCAUCACGGCGGCGCACAACACCUCAGCGACGUCUAUUUAUCUGGCGUGGAAGCCGCCGGGUCGCGACACCAUACACGGCGAGUUCCUCGGGUAUCGCAUAGGAUAUCGGCGACGCGAGAAGGCGGAUGAGGAGAUGAAAAACAUUUACAUUCGCGAUCCCGCCGUCGACAAUCACAGUAUUCACAACCUGGACACCUUCACGCAGUACCUCGUCUCCCUGCAGGUGUUCAACCCCGAGGGUCACGGGCCCGCCUCCACCGUGACGGUGAUGACCGACGAGGGCGCGCCGACGAAGCCGGAGAACCUCACCUCGCAGGGAAUCACGGGCACCACCAUCGAGCUCGCGUGGUCGGAGCCCGAGAACGCCAACGGUGUCAUCGCCGGUUAUCGCAUUUACUACAUGCAUUCCAAUUACACGGACGUUAAGAUGCACAUACCCGACAAGUCCGCCGACGACUCGUACAUCGAUUUCGUUCUGAAAGAGCUGCGUCCGUACACCGAGUACAAGAUCUGGGUGAAGGCUUACACGCGGAAGAACGAGGGCGAACCGUCCGAUCAGAUCAUUCGCAAGACCGACAUAACAGGACCGACCGCGCCUCAGAUCUUGAAUUUGACCUGCCAGUCCCACGAGUCCGUCUACGUCCACUGGGCCAGGCCGGCGAACUUCUGGGGCUCGAUCGACUAUUACUACAUCAAUUACCGAAGGGACAAUGGGCGAUAUUACGAGGAGAUCGAGCUGUCGGCCGACAAGAAUCACCUCGAAAGCGGGGCGAUUAUCCCGAACCUGACGGUGAACACCGUUUACGAGAUCAUGGUGCGGGGGGCCACGAGGAGCACGAUCGACAGCCGCCUGAUCGUCCAAGGCGAGAGCUCCGUGCCGACGAAGGUGCUGGUGACCCGCGACUGCGACAAGAUACCGCCCUUGAUGCGCCGCAGCAGCAAGGAUCUCAGCGCGGGCGUGAUCGCCGGUAUGGUCUGCGCCUGCUUCGCCGUGAUGCUGGCGAUCACGUCCUUCGUGCUGUGGAAACCGAUCUUCAGGAAAUGCUUCCACACUGCCUACUACUACCUGGACUACCCGCCGCGCAACGUCCCUACCCUCCAGGAAUGGGAGAACAGCGAGCAGGACGGCGAGAGGACCGCCGUGGCCGUCCAGCAGUUCGUUCAGCACGUGGCGAGCCUGCACGCCGACGGUGACAUCGGUUUCAGCAAGGAAUACGAGCUGAUACAGUCCGAGACCGGCGAUUACACCGUCGAGAAUUCCCAGUUCGCCGAGAACAAGGCCAAGAACAGAUACCUGAAUAUACUCGCGUACGAUCACACUCGCGUGCAAUUGCUCUCCUGCGGCGGUGGGCCGCCUAAAAAGGGCCAGGACUACGUCAACGCGAAUUACAUCGAUGGCUGGCAAAGGGCGCGAGCCUACAUCGGCACCCAGGGCCCGCUCCCGCCUACGUUCGACGGCUUCUGGCGGAUGGUCUGGGAGCAGCGCGUAUCAAUAGUCGUAAUGAUUACCAAUCUGGUCGAGCGCGGUCGUAGGAAAUGUGAUAUGUACUGGCCCAAGGAAGGGACCGAGACGUACGGUUACAUUCAAGUGACUCUAGUGAGGGAGGACAUUAUGGCCACGUACACCAUCCGCACUCUCCAGAUUCGACAUUUAAAGCAGAUCAAGAAGAAGAAAAAUGGGACCAAUAUGGGCGAGCGCACUAUAUGGCAGUACCACUACACCGGUUGGCCCGAUCACGGCGUGCCCGAUCAUCCAUUACCCGUUCUGAGUUUUAUCCGCAAAUCGUCCAACGCUAAUCCGCUCGAGGCUGGCCCCAUCGUGGUGCACUGCAGCGCCGGCGUCGGGCGUACCGGAACGUACAUCGUGAUCGACGCCAUGCUGAAGCAAGCUAAAGCCAAGGGCGAGAUCAAUGUGUACGGCUUUCUCAAACACAUCCGCACUCAGAGGAACUUUCUGGUUCAGACGGAGGAGCAGUACAUCUUUAUCCACGAUGCCCUGCAGGAGGCGAUCGAGAGCGGCGAGACCAAUAUCGACGCCAAUAACUUAAUAAAGCACAUUCAAGACAUGCUGUGCCCAUCGAAUAACAAGACUGACGCGUGGAACAACAUUGAGGCUCAAUACAAGUUGGUGACGUCGUGGAAACCUAAGGACUUCAAUCUCGUAUCCGCCACCAAAGCGUGCAACGUCCACAAGAAUCGUAAUAUGGAUAUUAUCCCUAUCGAGAAUGCGCGCGUUCACCUAACGCCAAAACCGGGCGUCGACGGAAGCGACUACAUAAACGCGACAUGGGUUUCAGGCUUUCAACGCAACCGCGAGUUUAUCAUAACGCAGCAUCCGAUGGAGAACACCAUAAUGGAAUUCUGGCAAAUGAUGUGGGACCACAAUGCGCAGACUAUCGUCAUGUUAACUCAGUGCGACGAGGAAUAUCCGGAAUUUUGGCCCAUCGAAGGCAAGGAUCUCGAGUCCGAGACAUUCCGAGUGCGGCUCUGCGGAACGAAGGAGACUGUGAACGGGACAAUCUUGCUGGAAGUCGCGGUUCGGUCGUUGCAAGACGACUACGAGCUCAGCGCCAGGAUCGUUCAAGCGCCGUCGAAUCAGUGCGGUCUGUGGCCGCACAACAACAACCCGAAGACCUUCGUCAGCAUCAUUCAGGAUUUUCAUCGGGAUUAUCAAAACGGUCCUAUCGUCGUGAUGGAUAGGUACGGUGGAGUCGAGGCGGCACUCUUCGUCCUGCUGACCACGUUGAACAAGCAAUUGGAAUUUGAGCAAAGCGCCGACAUUUACAUGUUCGCGAAGCUGCUUUACAUGAAGCGACCUGGCGUUUUCCGCUCAAAGGAGGAUUACGCUCUGCUGUACCAAUGUCUGGAGUCCAUGCUAUCGACGAAGGGUCGCGCGGAGCCGGAUCUGUACGCCAUGGCGAAUGGACACGUCGCUGCGCUGAGCGAUCCGAACGAGAUCAGGUCGGCCUCGUCGAUUCAACACAUGCCGAUAGAUUAUCCAUCCAAGUCAUCCGUCAUUCGCGAAUACGCGACCGUAGAAGUCAGUUCCGAAUACCUGUCCGAUUAUACCAUUCCUAUACGCGUGGAUCACCCAAUCGAGUCGUCCAGCAGCCGUGGGAGCGAGCCCUGCCUCUCCUCCCACGGCGGCAGCAACGAUCAUGUAGUACCGUCGGAGAAAAGCAUGGUGGUGUCGCAGAGAAACAUUAGCUUUCAUAAUCAUCCGCCAUCCGGCGUCUCCGUAAUGGUCGAUGCUAACGGUUAUAUCACAAAUGGCAGCAUGCGCGUACCUUCCGACAGUAUGGAGCCCAGCUGUAAGAUGAUGCCGCAAUGAUGCCGGCCUAUCUUCGGUUGCAGCGCACCCUCGCGAAGGUCGGCCCCGCUGUAAUCGAGACUCCCGAACGCCGGAAGUUUAAUCACGAACUGGUAAGUGCCGUCCGUAAUCCUCGACGGGUAGAGGCACGCUGUGUCGUAACAGAGAGAGAAAGAGAGAGAAAAAAAUCUGCUUCUCCUGCGUGCAGACUAAUCCUCGCAUCGCGGAGAAGGUGAUAAUUCGCAUCCGAGGGAGAGCUGGAGGAUCUUCGAGCGGAUUUCUUAGUGUACAUAGAGCUAACGUGAACGUUGAAAGAAAGAGAGGGGGAGAAAGAGCCGAAAGAGAGACGCGAGGGAGAGGAGUUUCGGUAAGGAAACACCCGGUUUCCGGGCGCGUGAGCGGACAGUGCCAAAAACAGACAGAAUUGCCGCCGACGCGCGCCGGAUGGGCGAUGCUUUAUCUUGUCCGUCGCGUAAGUUUACGUUCAAUCAAUCUCUUACUUUGUGUAUAUAUUAUACAUAGCAUAUAAAAUUACCACACACAACACACACGUGCGCGGGCAUAUGCAUAAUACGUAUAUGUGCACCCCACACACACACACACACAACACACACAUACACGUUACAUAAAAUAUUGUAUACGCAUACAUGUGUA